AUGCGCAUAUAAAACACCUUCAAAAACCUGGAAGAUCGAUCUAUACGCGGCCGGGUUCUCUAGUUUUGCUAUCAUUAUGGACUACCAGGCGAAGUACGAGUCCUUGCUGCGCAACGUCCUGAGCGAUCUGAACACAGAGGUACUCGCCGCGCAAAGCAGAGCCGAGAAAAAUGCAGAAGCCAGCAGUGCCUACUGCACGGGGCUACAGGAGAGAUUCCGCGAGAGCGAGAGCGAGCUGGAGGCGGUCAAGAAUGAGCUGGAGGCGGUCAAGAGCGAGCUGGAGGCGGUCAAGAACGAGCUGGAGGCGGUCAAUAACGAGCUCCAAGAGAAGGGCAGGAACGAGAUUGCAGUCCUUCGAGAAGAGCUCACCUGCGCGCAGUCUCAGUUAGCCGAGGAUCAGGAAAAACUGAAAGUGUAUGCAGAGAGAAAAAAGCUAGCCAAAACUGAACCUGAGCUGCCUAUUGCAGCAGACAGCACGUACAUGUCAGGUGACGGUCACGUGACCAGCAGCAUUGUUUUAGAGUUCCUGAGUGGGUUGUCGGGUCUGUCAAUCAGUCAGUGUGUGAAGGGCUCAGACUCCACCAUCUUCCACUGUAAAGUCUCAGAUGGAUCGCUUGCCGGUCAUAUGUUCACCCUAACACUGGACUCCAAAAGUGGGGAGUUUACCUACCAACCGCUCCAGGUUGACCCGGUUAACCCCUCUCUCCCUCCGGACAGCAUGCUCGCUGACACCACGUGCUUCCCCAACUACAUGCAGUCUCGGUUCCUCCUAAACCUCCUCAGUGCUACCUUCAUUCAUCCU